AUGUCAGUGCUCACAUACGGAAUUGUCAUCUGGGCCGACGCGCUGCUCUCGCAGAAAGCAAGGCGAAAGUCAGCCCCAGUGUAUCGUCUGGAUCCCCUGAGAGUAGCAAGUGCAUACCGUUCUGUGUCUAACGAUGCAGUGUGUGUCAUUGCUGGAAUGAUGCCAGUCCACAUAUUGGCAGAGGAACGAAGAUCUUUGUACCGGCAGAAAGGAACACUUCAACUGAGCCCCAGUGAGCUCAGCGUUGAAGAGAGAUUUAACAGUUUGCAGCGAUUGCAGUCACAUUCGGACGUGCCGCUGAAAGGGAGAUGGACCCAUCGCUUGAUCGCCCAGGUAGGUGUUUGGCUAAACCGUGAACAUGGCGAAGUCAACUUCUACCUGACCCAGAUGCUUUGA